UUUAUCUCCCACCUGUUUCUUGCUACCUUCUAACUUGCGCCUUCUUCUUCCUCCUGUUUUCUUCUUGCCCCACGUUUCAUUUGUGCGAUUCUCAAGACUCUGUCUCCAGUCUCCACUUAUAUUAUUUAUUAAAGAAUUCCAGGCUUUCUAAUCUUAACCAUUCUUCACUGUAAUUAGCUUUCUAAUUUCUCUAAUUCUCAUUAACUUAAAAGAUCAUAUAUUUGAUCGUUAACUCCUCUAAUUGUAUUUAGAAGUUUGAAAUUUUUGAUUUUUUUUUUCAAUUGAAAUUUUGGAGUUUUAGGUUAUUUGCGGGAAAAUGGAUGCAACUACAUGUGCUUCAAGUUUGAAUUGUUAUUAUAAGCAAAAUGGGUUUCAUGAGAUGGGGAGGAAGAAAUCAUCUAAUGGGUUUUUGAGAUUAUCAUCUAACAGAAAUGGAGAGAUUGUAAGUUUAAAGAUGAUUAAAUCUAGGGAUUUGAGAUGUAAUAAGAAUUUGGGGCAGAGGAAAUUGGAUGGAUUUGAGCUUUCUUGUUCUUAUAAGAAUUAUCAAGCUCCAGCAUUGGAGUCGGAGAAAAGUCGCGUUUUAGUUGACGAGCCUUCCAUUUUGAAGAAAAAAUCUGAAGAUGUUGUGCCAUACAUGAAUGGACGUUGCAUAUAUCUUGUUGGAAUGAUGGGUUCUGGAAAAACAACCGUGGGCAAGAUUUUGUCGGAAGUAUUAGGUUAUUCUUUCUUUGACAGUGACAAACUGAUUGAGCAGGCUGCUGGCGGAACUUCUGUUGCUCAGAUCUUCAAACAGUAUAGUGAGAGUUUCUUCAGAGAUAAUGAGAGUGAGGUACUGAAGGAGUUAUCUUUAAUGCGUCGACUGGUUGUUGCCACUGGAGGUGGUGCGGUAAUUCGACCAAUCAACUGGAAAUAUAUGAAACAGGGUAUCACUGUCUGGUUAGAUGUGCCUUUGGAAGCUUUGGCUAGACGCAUUGCUGCUGUAGGGACAGAUUCUAGGCCUCUUUUGCAUCAGGAAUCUGGCGAUCCUUACACAAAGGCUUUACAGCGACUUUCAACACUUUCCAAAGAGAGAGGUGAAGCAUAUGCCAACGCUGAUGCUAGAGUUUCCCUUGAACAUAUUGCAGACAAAUUGGGUUAUGAUGAUGUUGGCAAUCUUACACCUCUUUCUAUCGCUGUUGAGGUACUUGAACAAAUUGAAAAAUUCCUCCAGGGUGAAGAAGAAACCGCUAGAAAUUUGUAGUCCGCUAAUUAGCUCCCUGCAGAAAAAUUUUCCUCCAUAGAUGUUGUAAUUCUUAUGUUUUAUUUAUUCUUAUCAUUCGAUAUAAUCAUCGUUUGGUCCAUUUUUUUCUUUCAUUCAGUCAAGCAUGAUGUUCAGAUUGAUACCAAAAUCAAGCAGUUGUAUAAACUCUUGAAUUUUUCAUGAGCAGCAUUAGUGCAAAAUGUAACAUUGUACAAUAUAUACUACAUCAUCAUGUAAUGCUCCAAAAUAAAUGCAUCUAUUUAUGCUCUUGAU